AUGGAAGCUUUGAGCAUUACAGAGGAGAGAGCUCCAGAGAGCGAGUCCGAGAGUGAGGAAGACAUUCCAGACACCUCCCCAGUAUCAGGACGUCGAGCACAAAAUGCUCACUUCAAGACAUUGCUGUCAAAGGUUGCGAAAAUCAUAACAGACGAGGAGGUAAAGGCGAUUGAGAAAUCACAACAUGUUGACACUUCAACUCGCCAUCUGCUGGCGACACAAGAUUUUGCUGCCACCAUACAUGAUCCUCGAGAGUAUCAAAUUGAGCUGUAUGAGAAGGCUAAGAAAGAAAACACUAUAGCUGUUCUUGAUACAGGAUCUGGAAAAACAUUGAUUGCGGUACUUCUUAUGAAAUACAUAAUUCAGAACGAGUUGAUCAGUCGGGAUUGUGGAGAAAGACCACGAGUCUGCUUCUUCCUGGUCAACAGCGUUACUCUGGUUUUCCAACAGUCAGCCGUCUUGAAAAACAACAUCGAUCAGACAGUUACCCCUUUGAUCGGUGACCUAGGAGUGGACCUCUGGAAUAAAGAGGCAUGGAGUAAAACCCUCAAUGACAGCAUGGUUAUAGUUUGCACUGCUGCUAUUCUUCAUCAUUCUCUUCUGAAUUCUUUCGUCCGGAUGGAGGACAUAAAUCUGUUAAUUUUUGAUGAGGCACACCAUACAAAAAAGGAGCAUCCAUAUGCCAGGAUCAUCAAAGACAGUUAUCUCAAAACUGACGCAGCCUGCCGACCCCGGGUAUUUGGUAUGACGGCAUCUCCUAUCAAUGCUAAAGGUGAUGUUGUGGCAGCAGCUUUGGAACUUGAAACGUUAUUAAAUAGCAAGAUUGCGACAACUUCCAACCUAGCACUUUUACGACAGGUAGUCACUCGGCCAGAUGAGGAACUAUGGAAGUAUCCAAUUCCCAAAGAACCCUUCAAAACAAAACUUCAUGAAAUUUUGGAACGCAAAUAUGGAAAUAUGGAAUGUCUUUCGAAGAUAUUCGCAUACUCCUCUCAAGCUAGUGUGGAACUUGGGGAGUGGUGUGCGGAUCGUAUUUGGCUUACUGCCUUGAGAGAAGAAUCCCUUCCGAAGUUUCAGGGAAGGCUCAGUACAUCCCACCAAAGGCUCGCGCAUGAGGACGCUGUAAAAUUGACGGAAGAAGGAACGAAAAGGCUCAAUGAUCUUUCUGAUAUGGUCGUCAAACAUGAGCUGCCUCGCGGUGCCGCCAUAUUCGAGCUGCUGAGCCCAAAAGUCCAGCUGCUUUACCAAAACCUGUCGAAGCAUUUUGAAAAAUUGCCAAACUCCAAGUGUAUUGUGUUCACCAAACAAAGACACACUGCUAAAAUCCUUGAAGAUGUGUUCAAGGAGCUAAGCGUAUCAACCAUGCGUCCUGGAGUCUUGAUAGGUUUGAGUAAAUCUGGCGAUAGUCUCGGAACCAACACGACAUACCAUCAACAAUUUAAAACAAUGAUGAGGUUUAAAAAAGGAGAGUUAAAUUGCCUGUUUGCAACUUCAGUAGCAGAGGAAGGACUCGAUAUCCCAGACUGUAACCUCGUGGUCAGAUUCGAUCUCUAUGAGACUCUGAUUCAAUACGUUCAAAGUCGAGGCCGGGCAAGGCAUUCUAACUCCACGUAUGCGCUCAUGGUAGAAAUCGGCAACAUGGAACAUGAGACUAGGUUGGAUCUAGUACACCAAUCAGAGGCGGUGAUGCGCCGGUUUUGUGAGAGCCUGCCAAAGGACAGAAUGCUGGGCUACAGCCAUGAUAACCUUGACUAUAUGUUGGAAAAAGACCUCAAAAAAAGGCAAUAUACCAUACGGAGUAGUGGAGCCACCUUGACAUAUCAUUCGGCUUUGACCAUACUCGCUCGCUAUGCAAGCUCCUUGCAAUAUGAGAAUGACGAUUGCCCGCAAGCCCAUUAUUUUGUUUCGUCAGUUAAGGAUAUGUAUCAAUGUGAGGUCAUACUUCCUGAGAAAUCGCCUGUCCAUAGACUGUUAGGCAAGCCGGCGACACAAAAGUCUCUCGCGAAACAAUCUGCAGCCUUUGACACAUGUCUCCUCCUGCGCAAGAGUAACUUGCUAGAUGAACAUUUCAUAUCUACUUAUCAUCGGAGACUCCCUGUGAUGCGUAAUGCGAAAUUGGCAAUCAUGUCUCGCAAGACAGCUCAAUACCCGAUGAUGACAAAGGCGACGUUUUGGAAGCAAGGUCGCGGCAUUGAGCCAAACGCCUUGUUUACUACAUUGAUCUUUCUGACUCCAGUCGAACCAUUACAGAGAAAUUACGCGAGUGUUAUACUGUUAACUCGUGAGCGGUUACCCCAGUUCCCGGAGUUCCCAAUAUAUUUGGAAGAUGAUAUCGAGACUACAAUCCGGUCAAUCCCGCUGACGAAGGCCUUGACGAUAUCUUCUAAUCGUGUGAAACUCAUUACUACUUUUACUCUUAGAGUAUUUCGAGACUUAUAUAACAAGACAUAUGAACAGGAUACGACAAUGAUGCCGUACUGGUUGCUUCCAGCAGCGACAGAGAUCACCAUGGACAAAACCAUCAUUGACCCACUAGAUAUUAUUGACUGGGAGGCAAUACAGUUUGUCUACGACAAUGAUGAAGUCCCUGGUACUGCUUCCAAACCAGAAGAAAUGGUCGGCCGAUUUGUCUACGAUCGAUGGGAUGGAAAAUAUCGUUAUUUUCUUACAAAAAUCAACCCAACACUUCGUCCAUCAGAUCCACCACCGUCUUUCCUCCCUCACCGUAAACACAUGGAAAACAUCAUGGACUAUGGCCUGAGUUUGUACAAAAAGGCCAGGGGAAUUUUUCUUUCAUCAUGUGAUUGGAACCAGCCCGUUUUCGACGCAGAUUUGAUACCGCUCCGAAGAAACCUCCUGGAAAAAAUGACUGAGAAGGAAAGAGACGUAGAAAGAAGAUCGGUAAUAUGUUUGGAACCUAUGGUUAUUUCGGCGAUUCCCGCCUCAACAGCUGCAACUUGCUUCGUGAUGCCCGCUAUUCUGACACGUCUAGAGUCCUAUCUUAUUGCCCAGGAAUGCUGCAGUAGCUUGGAUCUAAAGGUUGAUCUAUCUUAUGCAUUGGAGGCAAUUACAAAAGACUCUGACAACACCGAGGAGCAUCGUCACGAGCAAAUACACUUGCAGAGAGGCAUGGGAAAAAACUAUGAGCGCCUUGAAUUCCUUGGCGAUUGUUUCCUGAAGAUGGCAACAUCAAUUGCCUUAUUCGCACAGAAUCCUUUCGACCAGGAGUAUGAUUUCCAUGUCAAUCGAAUGUGUCUUCUUUGUAAUAGAAAUCUUUAUAAUACGGCGAAGGAGCGAAAACUAUACGAGUACAUACGGAGUAAAGGGUUUUCUAGGAGAAAUUGGUAUCCGGAGGGCAUGAAACUACUCCGAGGCAAGUCAAACGAAUCCAAAGGAUCAGAAGAGCAUGCAUUAGGAGAGAAGACGAUUGCAGACGUCUGCGAAGCAAUCAUUGGAGCAUCUUUACUCUCCGGUGGCACUGAGCACCGAUUUGAUAUGGCUGUCAAGGCAGUGACAGAAUUGGUUAACAACGACCUGAAUGAUAACAAGUCCCACAAAGCAUGCAGAUGGGCGGAUUAUUAUCAGCUUUAUUCGUUGCCACCUUAUCAAACCCAGAUUCCUGAUGGGUUUGAGAAGAAGCUUGCUCUACAGGUAGAGGAGAAACUGGGGUAUCAUUUCAAGUAUCCUAGGCUGCUUAGAUCCGCUUUCACUCAUCAGUCGUUCCCAUCGGCUUGGGCAAGGGUUCCCUGCUAUCAGCGCUUAGAGUUUUUAGGUGACUCGCUUUUGGAUAUGGUUUGCGUUGAGGAUCUAUAUGAGAGAUUUCCUGAUCGUGAUCCACAAUGGCUUACUGAGCAUAAAAUGGCUAUGGUAUCCAACAAGUUCCUGGGCACCCUCACUGUGCAGCUUGGGCUACACACUCACCUGCAAUACUUUAGCAGUCCACUUCAGAGCCAGAUAUACCAAUAUGUUGAGGAAUCACAGUUAGCCUACGAGAACAAGCGGUCUGUGGAUUUUUGGCUGAGCACAGAAGACGCCCCAAAGUGCUUGCCAGACAUGCUAGAAGCUUACCUUGGUGCCAUUUUUGUUGACUCUGAGUUCGACUUUGGUGUCAUCGAGGCGUUUUACAAGAAACAUAUCAAACCAUUCUUUGAGGAUAUGGCGUUGUAUGACACAUUUGCAAACAAACAUCCUGUCACGUUUUUGCAUAAUAAAUUGUCUAUCGAGUUUGGAUGCAUAGAGUUCUCUCUCAAGGCAGGUGAAAUACCGGCCGUAGAUGGAGCACCCGUAAUAAUUCUGGCAGCUGUAUUCGUCCACGAUGAGGUUUUGGCAGAAGCAAAGGGAUCAUCUGUCCGGGGUGCGAAAAUGAAAGCAAGCCAGGCCGGUCUGGAUAAGCUGGAGGGGCUAAGCUUGGACAAGUUCCGUGAACUGUACCGCUGUAAAUGCCCAAAAGCUACUUCAUCAAAAGACGUUGUCGAGCCUGAAGUCUGACAAUUCUCAUUUCAACUGGCAGACGCAUUCAUUACACACAAAAAUUCUGACAGCUGAGAUCGAAUUUGAUAGAGAAUAGAAAUCAAUUAGUAUUCAGAAAGGAGAACAAACAGCUUAGUAAGUUUGAAAUAGCAAGAGCAGCAGGCCCAUCCAGCGAGCAGCGUGCUGUGAUUGGCCGGGCCAGCUCCCAUACAAAGGGUCAAC